AUGGAAGAAGAUGUUAUGGGUAACAAUGAAGAUACUGCUGGUAUAGACAAAGAUAACAAAAGAGACUCACUGGGUAAAGAUGAAUAUGAAGGAAAUGACGAAGACAAGAAUAUAGAAAAAUUGGAAGCAAUUACAAAUCAAACGACCAAAAAAUCUAUGAAAGGGAAUACACGGAAGAGAAAGGUAAAUGAAAACCCUGAAGGGAAGGGUGAAAUUAAGCAGGUUCUGAAGAAAGUAGCCUCUGAAGGCAAGGUUAAUGAGUACUGUGGAAACUUGGCGUCCAAAGGUGACAAUAAUCAGGAUUCUAAGGAAACAGAAAUGGGAAAUUUGGUCUCCACAUGUGAUGAUGAAAGCUCUAAGAAGGUUACCCCUGGAGAUGAAGCUAAGAUGAUCCCUGAGAAAUUGUCUAGUGAAGGCAGAGACAUUCCUGAGCAGGUUGAUAGCAUGGGUAUGAUAUUCAUGUGCAAUUCUGAGACAAAGAAGGACUGCUAUGGGUACAAGGUUGUGGGACUCCCAGCAAACAAGAGAGAGAUGGUUGAAAAAGUUUAUGAAGGGAUGAAACUCUUUCUAUAUGACGUUGAUUUGAAAUUGAUGUAUGGGAUCUACAAAGCUGCAGAAAAUGGCGGUUUUAGCAUUGAACCCAAGGCAUUUAAGUCUCAAUUCCCAUCCCAGGUUCGUUUUUCCAUUGUUGAUGAUUGCUUACCAUUAGCAGAGGAGAAAUUUAGGGAAGUGAUUAAAACAAGCUAUUACACGAAGACGAAGUUUGAUUGCAAAUUGACCUCUGAACAGGUGAACAAUUUGUGUAAGCUUUUCAUUUCUGCUAGCAAAGCGUCGGGUAUACAACUCAAAUCAGAGACCAGUACUAUGGACAAGACGAGUUUAACUAAGGGGCGGCGCAUGGAUAAAAGUAGACAGCCUGAACAUGUUCGACAAAUUAAAUGGAUGGAAGUGCCUAGGUACCACUCACAUCCACAUCUUCUGGAAAGGGAUGUAGUUACAACUCCAUUGCUGCCAUUAGCUUGGCCUCAAAAUUCACUACCACUUCCUGCUGGUCAAUCACAUAACAGAACUUUGGAAAACGGUGUUUAUGGAUGUGACACAAUGACACAUAAUCGUGAUACUUCCAGAGAGGGACGACUGGUGGAUCCUCAUGAUUCUUAUAGGCGGGACAAACUGCUAAAUCCUGAUAUUUACAGAGGAGAGGCUUUAGCAGAGCAUUAUGAUUAUCCCAGACAGGAUGGAUUAGUAGAGCAUCGCGAAUAUCAGCUAGUAAAUGUGGAAGCAGGACUCCAGGAUGUUUCUCGGUAG